AUGGAGACAAACGGUAAGCAUUCCAGUGAUCCAGCGGCAAAGGGACGGUUCACUGUGUUUGGACAGAAACCGCCUGCAGGCGUGCAGCCAGAAGAUGGCAGGCCGAUUGCAGAUGCGGGAGAAGCAUCUCCUUCCACGGAGUCUGCGCCGCGUGUGCGCAUAGCAGACGCGCAGCAGGUUCAGGUUGAGGUUGUCGACGAGGUCUCAGAAACUGCAGAUGAUACAUCCCAGACGGACGGAAAGGACGACAAUCGAGGUCGGCAGAAGGCAUUGAAGGACAGCCCCAUUCGGACGAAAUAUAGCCCGGAUGCGAAGCGGGAGCUGCGACACAGACGCAAUUCUGGGCAGAGUUCGGCAGAAAACCUGCUGAACAUCGCUCGUCAGUACGACCGCUCGAAAUCGGCUGUCGGGGACUCCAACUUGAAGCCAACGAUCUCAAAAGCCUCCAUUGCAAGCGUGGGACACAUGGUGACAGCUUCUCUCAGAGAAGUAGUCACAAGCUCUAAAGACCACAACGUUGUGAGCGCCAAGUUGCUCCAAACCCUUGCAGAUACAAGCGAAGAUGAGCUACGAGGGACCCUUCCACCCGGAGCUAUGGCGGCACUGAGUCGACAUUGGUCCAUGCAGGGCAUCAAGCAGGUCUGCGGGAUUGAUGAUUCUGCUGGGCAAAGCGACUUCCAUGCCAUGCGCGAGAAGGGGAUGUUCUUCUGUGGUUACCAAGAUGCGGCUAUGAAAAAGCAGGGCCUGCCAUCCCUCUUCUCCACAGAGGCUGCCUUGGAGGACAUCUCCAGUUCGGACAGCGAGGACGAAGACCGGGAAGCCUUGGAAGCACGCGAUCAGAAAGCCAUUCUACGGCCCGAAGAUGACAGACUCAUCAUGCUGCAUCGCGUGAGAGGUGAGGCUGUGAUGAGGCGAGCGCCUCAGGAGCAUGAGGCAGUCUUAGACUUCGGGGAAUCUCGAAUAAGCGUACCGCGUGGAGUUAAAGAGAACGGCGGUCAGCUCCAGAAGGUAGCAGUGGACAUGAAUGAUGACGGUACCGGGAACAUUGUCAUCACCACCCAAACUCCCAGACGCUCUUGCAAUUCAAGCGAGCCAAAUUCCUUGGCAGAUGUUGUGGACUUGAAAAACUUGGAGAAGCAAUCCAAGAAACAGCCGAAUGAUGAGACCCACCAGAUUUCACGUUGUUUGACUCGCCCGCCGCCUAGCUUUAAGGAGUGGGAAGCCUGGCGUGAAAUCCAGCGGCAAAAGCGGAUGGAGUCUACAGAUGAUGCAAUAAGAAAGAUGCGGGACGGUCCACAGGCUGAGACCAAGACCGCCGCCGCAUCAGCUAGAGCAAAUAAGGAAGAAAGCGCAAGGACUCCCACGGACACCUCGCAACAAGUCAUUGCUCGAAAGGCACAGCGAAACGACAAGGAGGUGCUUGUGGCAGAAAGAAUCUCAGAGCCUCGGGAUGCCGCAGCACCGCCAGGUGAAGACGAGCUUAACCGAGCCUUUCUGCAGUUGUCGAUUGACCCUGGAGUGGUUGCGAAAGCAGCUGGGCGAGAGCAGUCGAAAUCCAUAAUGUCCUCGGAAGACACAAUGCCUGCAGUGCUAAGCAAGCGCUGGGUCUUGAAGUCUUCUGGUGGGAAGCCGCUGCGGAUUGACUUCUCUGCGGCCAUGACGGUACGAAGUGCAGCGAAACCGAUCAACAUGUCUGGCUCGUUCACUGAUGAUGAAACAGGUAGUGCUGGGAGUCGAGCCAUGUUUUGGGGCGACUUUUUCACUCCACUUCCGGAUAAAAGUGCUUUCGAGCGUCUGAAGCACAAGAUACUUCACUGCUGUGGACAAGAAGUCCAGAGAAGCGACCCACAUCAGAGGACGCCGACCACAGCCAGGUGCGCAGGUAAGUUGUCCAAGGUAUCGGACGCCGCAAGUGGAGCGACCAACUCUCCCAUGCGUGGGCGUAUUAUGGUUGGCACCGACCUUGAAACGAAGGUUCGGCGCAAGCAGUGUGAAGAGUCACACGAUGCAAGCGGCAAGACUGGCGUCCAUGCAGUGGAAACUGCAAACGUAUCAACAUGCGGCUCCAAUAAAGAUAUUGAUGGCCAAGCAGAGCUUGACAUGAAGAUUUCCAGCGCGGAGCCUUCAGGUCAAGAGGCAGCUGAUGCGGAAAUUGAGAAGGAAUGGGAAGAGAUUGCCUUCCGCAGCGAUGAGCUUGCCAAAGAGGCCAGGGAAAGCCGUGGCAAGGCCGUGGCACAGCAGGAUGCCCUCAGGAAGCCGAUCUGCUACAAAGAGGUGCAAUCGUGGCUUCACGAUCUUUCAACUUCCACAGAGGUUGCUACCACUGAAAAGCCCGAGAGACGACCUGAGGAGUUCGUCUUACGUCUGAAGACGAUGCCGUUCGACUUCAAUGACAUACUGCACUAUCGCUUGCUGCACACGAUGUACAGCAAGCUCGCACGCUGCAAGGUUUGUCCGCGAAUCGGCAGCCAUUGGGAGGUCCUGGGGUUUCAAGGCACUGAUCCACACACUGACCUGAACCGUUCCGGUGGUUUGCUGAAUGUCCUUCACAUGUUCUUCUGCUUUUCGCACUUCUUUGAGAUCUUCAAAGCCGCGUACCUGCUGUCUCAGGACGACCAGCAGCAUUUUCCACUCGCUGCUGUGUGCAUCAACAUCACCAAGAUGGUGACGGAUGAACUUGCGGCUGGAAGUUUCUCAAGCAUUCUGGACGAGAUCGGCAAGGAGGCCAUCCCGAUUGCCGAGACCACGUGCUUGAUCUUCAGCGGCGGCUUGCAUCACUUCUACAGCAGAUGGCGGACGCAAAAGCGCACCAUCAGGGACAGUGAGCAGACCUUCAAGGAGGUCCGGGCGCUGAUGUGCAGCGAGCCAGCAACCUUGCUGGAAGAACUGGACAAGGGGAGCGAGCAAGCUACGAUUGGAGCGAUCAAGGCGAAUUCGGCCCAAGUUGAAUUUACCAACUUGGAUUUGGUGGAUGCAAAGGAGGCGCUGCUGGAGAGUCCGGAUCCACGGAGACUCAGGCACUACCAAGCAGCUGAAUGA